UGGUUUUUAACUUUUUCAAAGUGGCAUCGGAUAAGCAGCUUUGUUUGUGAGUCAUUCCUUUAUCUUGUUUGUUCUAGCUGUGUUAUUUGAUAUGGCUGACGAGAAAGAAGCAGAAGUGGUAGCUCCUGCCGUCGAGCAGGCGCCUGCCGUAGAGGAGGAGGAGGUCAAGCCGACUGAAAAGCCAGUGAAGGAGAAGAAGCCAAGAGCUCGCAAGGAGAAAAAGCCUAAACAGCCCAAAACCGCUUCACAUCCUCCAUAUUUUCAGAUGAUCAAGGAAGCUCUGUUGGCAUUGGACGAGAAGACUGGCGGAUCAAGUCCAUACGCCAUAGCCAAGUACAUGGAAGAGAAGCACAAGGCGGUGCUACCUGCAAAUUUUAAGAAAAUCUUAGCUUUACAAUUGAAGAACUCGACCUCCAGAGGAAAACUUAUAAAGAUCAAAGGCUCUUACAAGCUAUCAGAAGCAGGCAAGAAAGAGAAAGGCACCGGAAAGGUCCCAAAGGCUAAAGGUAAAGCAGAUAAGGAAGCUAAAGAAACCAAAAAAGCAAGAAACACUACCACGACCACGACCACGACCACCACGAGAAAGACAAGGUCUGUGAACAAAAGUGAAGCUGCAAAGCCUGCAGCUAAGAGAGUGGGAACAAAGAAGACAAAGAAAUCAACUCCUGCGAAGCCUAAACAGCCAAAGUCAAUCAAGUCUCCAACCGCCAAGAGAAUGAAGAAAACUCCAGGUGCUGCUGCUGCUUCUUAGAUGUAAAAAAUGAGGGAAUGAUGACGUAAUAACGUUAGGGCUGUAUGGCAUGUGUAAGUAAGGGAUAUGGGUUGAGUGUGUGUGAUUGUAAUAUAUGGAAAAAUUUAGGGUUAAUGGAAGUAAGUUUUGGUGGUUUUGUUUUU